AUGCAUGGCCUUAACGAUGCCCUGGAUGUGCUCAGACAGUACAUCCCGAUCACAGCACAACAUCAGAAGCUGAGCAAAAUUGAAACCCUCCGACUUGCCAGGAAUUACAUCCUUGCAUUGCAACGGAUUCUUCAGACCGGACAGCCACCGUCCCCACUUGAGUACGCACACCAGCUAUCCAUUGGACUCAGUCAAACUACAACCAACAUGCUGGCAACACUUCUUCAGGUAAUCAAACACUAA